AUGGGCCAAUUCAUGGUGGAGGUGCUGCCGCCGCCGCCGCCGCCACCGCCACCGCCACCGCCACCACCACCGCCACCGCCGCCUCGGAACCCAGGCCUGGGGGGCGGUGGGGCCGCGUAUGGAGCCCCCGCCCCCCGGAGCUGCCAACAUUGCCAGCGCCACCGCCACGCUACACACAGGUGAGCUCUGGGCCUGGAGGUCUACCCCUGGGAUGGCGUAAUGAAACCUCCCCCAGCGAUGGACCCAUCUGUGGCGCUGGAGCAGUUUCUGCUGCAGCUGCUGAGAGAGCAAGGCAAUGGCCACAUCAUCUCCUGGACAGGAUGUGGUGGUGAAUUCAAGCUGAGUGGAUGCAGAGGAAAUUUGGCCCGUCUGGGGCUACGCAAGAACAAGACCAAUAGUUACAAAUAAUAAGCCGGGCCUUGUAAUUACUACUCCAUAAACAAGGUACAGUCUCUCAGACCAAGUUUCCAGGACCCCAUGCUCAUUUAUAUCAGAGAUUUGAUUUUGUUUAACAUCAUCCGCAAGGUGAGCGGCCAGAAGUUCGUCUACAAGUUGGUAUCCUAUCCUGAGGUCGCAGAAUUGCUCACUGAGGACUCGCCCCAGCCAGAGGUGUCUGUUACAUCCGCCAUGCCAGUGGCCCCUGCUGCUGUACAUACCGCCCAGGGGACACUGCCUCUAGAAAAGCCAGGCACACCCCGAGGUGCAGGAAUGGCAGCCGGAGGUGGUUUUGCUUGCGCAGCAGCGGAACAGUACAUGCGUUAGGGCCUCUAUUCCACCUUCACCAUCCAGUCUCUGCAGCCACAGCCACCUCAUCCUCGGCCUGCUGGUGCUCCCCAAUACCCAGCUCCUGCGAACAGCGCCCCCUCAGGGAGCAGGCACCAGUCAAGCCCAUGGACCUGCCUGGAGGCUGAGGAGGCGGCCUCUGAGGUCAUCCUGGCUCGCCGAGGCCCUAAACCUGAAAUCGGAAGAGCUGAAUGUGGACCCAGGUUUGGGCCAGGCUUUGCCCAGAAGUGA